AAAUCCUAAAAUAAGUGAAAGCAGUAGGUUUAAUUAAUACAAAGUCACAUAUGAAGUAUAUCAUUUUAGUUAUUAUUAGAAUACAUUUAGUCUAAUAAGGUUUUCUUUAUGGUGUCGCUAUCCUUAAUGGGUUAUUUUGGUUAUAUUAUGCGCUCCACACUUCAGUCCAGAAGGUGGCAGGAAUGCACCUUGUUUGUUUGCCAGCUGCCAUUAAUCAAAAAAUAAGACGAAGUAAGCUUGAUUUUACCACGUUUCUGCAUUUGACCACGAUGAACAGUGAUAGCGCCAACCUUACAGAUGCGAUUAACAUUUUGCGAAAUGUUCUUGCUUCGCCGACUAUAAUUAGAUCCAUAUCUAAUUCAGUGGAUUCAAAUGCGUCCCCUUCAGCUGAACUUCAAACAGAAACAGAAUCUGAAUUGCGCAAUUUGUUUCGGCCAUCUCGCGCUCAAAGCAUCAGGCAAUCAAUGUCCGCCGGUGAAGGACCACGAUACCAUACUCGCCAGCAGUAUGGCAAUUGGCAGUCUCGGUCCAGAAAAAGGCCCAGAGGACAAUACCAUCAAACUUUCAACAAAGACGUAAUCUUGUUGACCUCUCCUAAUGAUAAAAAUGUUGUUAAACAAAGGAAAAAACAGCGCUUGCAUGAGAUUGGACACAUAUUAAAUGCUUUCGAAUUUGAAAAAGCAUGGGACAGUACUAUGGUUUUAAGAAGAAUUAAAGAAGGCUUCAAAGAGAAAGUGCCAUUCGAUGUAAGGUAAAUGUUUUUCUUUUUCUUUAAGUUGUAAGUAUUGUAUUUGUAUUACUGUGUAUUCAUGUUUUACUGAGUCAUUAUGUAAUGAUGCAUUAAUACCAAUGAUUUUCAUUUUGUGUAGUUUGGAAAUACUUAUGGGAUGUGGCAACAAGCUGAUUAAACCACAGUUAACUGAAGGUCAAGAACUAGAUGGCCGAAUUAUUUUAAAGGUCUUCAGGUUGAAGGCCUUGUAUGUUAGACCCUCAAGACCACUACUCUUGACUGAAACAGACUGCUCUGAUGACAGCUGCUUUGAGGUUGACAUGCCAGGUGAAAGUAUCCACCAAUCACCAGGAACUGCUUCUGAUGAGAAUAUGAACACUGACUUCAAUGACCAAUCUUCCACACAAAACUCUUCCUCCACCAGAGUUCAGUCAUCCACAAGAACUCAAUUCUCCACCAGUUUCAGCAGUGCACAGCCCUCCACAAGUUCCAGCGACACACAGCCUUUCACUAGUUUUAGUGGUGUACAACCCUUCACCAGUUCCAGCAGUGUGCUGCCCUCCACAAGUUCCAGUGGUACACAGGCCUCCACCAGUUCCAGCAGUUUGCCGCCCUCCACCAAUUCCCGCGGUUUGCAGCCCUCCACCCUUUCCAGCGGUGCGCAACCCUCCACCAGUGGCCAGCUUUGCACUAGACGUAACGCACCAGCUCAAUCCUGGAACACGGACCAGUCCUUUAGAUCUGCUUCCUGGGAUGGUGAUUAUGAUACCUACAUUUCCCUCCUCCGGGGAACGUCUGAAGAUGAGGAAGAAGAUGAAGAUCUUUGCUGCGCUAUAAUGGCCAGCAUUGAGGACCAGAUAUUUCCCCCAGCAGUUGAAAUCCCAAUAAAGGAAAUACUGGAGGAACUUGCAUCAAAAAUAAAUGGCAACCAAACCUGCAAGUUUAAUAUUAAUCGUGCAUCUGUGUUGGAUGGUGCUAUACGGGGAUUUACGCGAAUGUCCUACAGUCCAAAUAACAGAAUGGUCAUUAGGUUCUCCGACGAUAAAGGAAAGUUUGAAGAGGCUGUUGACUUGGGCGGCCCUAGACGAGAAUUUCUACGACUCCUCCUGGUGGCACUAAUGGAGUCAUCAAUGUUUGAUGGAAAAGAGGGCAGUAUAAACUUGGCACUUGAUUCACAAGGUAUACAUUAUAUUUUUUGUAAAGAUUUAAUAAGUUGUAUUCCAUGUUCCAUAACUUAUAUUUUAAAUCUUUUAACGCUGUUGUAUUGACACUUCUUCUUUAAUUUUAUGUCAGCCAUGAGGGAGGACAGAUAUUUCAUUGCAGGGAGAGCAGUUGCAGUCAGUCUUGUGCAUGGAGGACCUGCACCUGGUUGUUUUUCAAAAACGCUAUAUGACAGUUUAGUUCAGGGACCAGACAUGUGCAGACCUGGCUUGGAGGAUGUAGCUGACCCUGAGAUUUAUAGUAAAAUAAAAAAGGUUAGGUUACAACUGUUUAAAGUGUUCAUCAUGGAUUCUCUCAUUUACUUCAGUAUGUUCCAUCUAUAUUAAAGACAUAGCUUAGUUUUAAAAUAUUGUUUAUAGAAAAGUUUCUCUGGUAUACUUGUAAAUAAAUUUGAAAUGCACGUGCUAUUUGUUUGCAUACAGCUUUCUGAAGCCUCAACUGUGGAAGAGCUACGAGAGUCAACUGAGCCCAUCAUGGACUUCCUAGCCAAUGCUGGUUGUCUUAGACCUAUAAAGAACAUUGAUGACAAGGACAGGCUAGUUGAAGAUCUGCUUAUGUUUCAAGUGGUGAAUCGUGUCCGUGGACCAUUUGAAAGGUUCAGAGAUGGCCUGAAAACACUUGGUGUCCUUGCUAAAGUCCAACAACACCCGGAAUCGUUUAGGUCCUUGUUUUGUCACCAGCCAAAGCAGCUGACUGCAGACAUGAUGGAUGACCUGUUUGAAAUACAGUGGUCAGAAAUUGGGAGCAACAAACGGGCUAAUGAGAACAGGGUAAUUGCCUUUUGGAGGGACUACCUGCAGGAUGUAGAAGAGGAAGGAGCACAGAGGCUUGGCGCGAUCUUAUCCUUUACCACUGGAUCAGAUCAUGUCCCACCAAUUGGAUUUCAUCCCCAGCCUUCCAUUGCCUUUCAC